AUGACGGCCUACACAAUACGACCGAAACGCGGUCUCACGCUCCUGGGUGGACUCGCCGCCCUGAGCUUCACCCUCAUAUUCAUCAUCUGGUAUGGCAUGAAUUCCGAUCGCGACUACAUACAUCCGAUUUUAACACAGUUGAUCCCCGCCGGACACUGUGCCUGCGAAUCCUCCACCACAUUCCAAUGCUCAACGUGUCUGACGUGCCCUGAGCCUCCACUCCAGGAGAGCACCUCCCCCGCCUGGUCAUUCGAAUUCGCCCGCGACGGUCGCAACGAAGCGUUGGACCAGACAAAAUGCCAAGCUGCCUUUCCAGGCUUGUUCGAGGACAUUGCGCGCGGUGGCAAGUUUUGGUCUACGCAUGGGGGGCUGUCGACUGCCGAACUUGACGCCAUCACCAUUCAACAGGGAAUGGCCCGUGCCUUUAUUUCGCAAGGAGAACUGCAUGUGGUGUCCGCUCGCUCAAAGGGCGAAGACCACCGACGCAAAAUUCUAGGAACGUUGAGUUCGAUCCACCGCGCGCUGGCCGCUGACCCGGAACGAGCCUUGCGACGCGACGUCGAAUUUGUUUUCUCGGUGGAGGAUAAAGUGGACGAUGUCACCAAUCCCGAAUGGCCUGUAUGGGUGUUUUCGCGCACCCCGACCGAGGAGGGGGUCUGGCUUAUGCCGGACUUUAGCUUCUGGGCCUGGGACAAUCCGCACAACUACAUAGGUCCGUAUGACCAGGUGGUGGAUAGAAUUCAACGACUCGAUAUUCCGUGGUCCGACAAAAGGCCCAAGUUAGUCUGGCGAGGGAAGCCUAGCUUUGCGCCCAAGCUGCGACGCGCGUUGAUGGAGGCCGCUAGAGAUAAGCCGUGGGGCGACGUCAAGCAGGUUGAUUGGAGCACUGGGACAAACGUGCUCAAAAUGGAAGAUCACUGCCACUACAUGUUCAUAGCCCACGUCGAAGGUCGCUCUUACUCCGCUUCAUUGAAGUACCGACAGGCCUGCAAUUCGGUCAUUGUCGCCCACAAGCUCCAAUUCAUCCAACAUCACCACUACCUCCUAGUCGCCGACGGACCAAACCAAAAUUACGUCGAAGUGGAGCGCGACUUCAGCGAUCUCGCAGAUAAAAUCGAGCCUCUGGUCGCAGACACCGAGGCUGCGCGGCGCAUCGCCAACAACAGUGUCUCAACCUUCCGCGAGCGCUACCUGACCCCAGCCGCCGAAGCAUGCUACUGGCGAUCAUUACUUGAUGGCUAUGCUGGCGUGUGGAACAGCACGGUCGAGCAAUGGUCAGAAAGCAAGCAGCGCGAGCGAGGCCUGCGAUACGAGUCUUUUGUGCUCCUAGAAAGCCCGAAGAUGUUUGAGUUCGAGGCUGCUGCUACAGAGAAGUGGCAAGCCUCAUGA